AUGGAAUUUUAUACAUAGAAAUUAGAAGGGCAGUCAAAUAAAUUAUUAAUUGGAUAAUUCAUUUAGGUAAAAAUCCAAAAUUGUUAAUUUGAGGAUAAACUUUGUAAAAUCUACUUUGAUUAUGAAUUAUUGAAUCCAUUGAGUACAUUGAUGGAUGAUCUAUCUGUAAAAUAAUCUUUGUCAGAAUUUUUAAAUAAAAUUUAAGAUGUAAAUAGAUGGAUUAUUUAGAUUACAAGUUUAAUCAAUUUUGGAAUGAAGCCUAUAGGUUUAUAUUUUAAAGGUGAAUUGCCAGAGUAUUGUAGAAAUAAUAGCAUAUUAAAAAAGAUUUGUAAUGUUUUUAAUAUUGAAACAUUAUUAUUAUAUUCUCAGAAUUAGAAAUUAGUAUUCUCUUCAAAAGUAAAUUGAAAUUUUUAUAAUAUAAGAAUAUAACAAUAAAUGCAGCAAAUAUUAAAUUAAUAGAUUAAUUUGAUUUAAGGAGAAUAAAGUUGAAAACAAGUUUUCGAUAUAAUCUAGGAUAAGAAAUAAAUGUUUAAAAUGCAUUGGAGAAUUUACGUAGAAGUUAUGAAAACUUAAACCUUUUAUACGGAGAUCAGAUUUUGGUUUAAUAACAAUAAUUGAGUGAACUAGCACGAGAGAAGGAAAUAGUUUUAGGUUUUUUCAAAGCUUAGACAUAAUCAAAUGAAUGUGUUUAAAAUGAUGAAAGUAAUAUUCUUUAGGGGGAUAUUUAUACUAUAAUUUUGGUUGAUUCAAAAAUAGCAAUAUCAGAUUUGAAAAUGGUAUGAAUAGAAUUAAAACUAUAGUUAAUAGUGAAUGAUAUAUUGGAUUCAUUGAAAGUAAGAUUAUCUUAAGAAUUGAAUCCUCCAUGUUUUUUGGCAAAAAGAUUAUUAAUUACAUUUAAAGAAAAUGAUUUAAUACUAUAAAAUUACAUAGAUCAUGAAUUCAAUAGAGAUUAAGAAAUAAAUUACAUAAAUUAAUAUUUUGGAUAUUUGCAAAUUAAUGAAAUAAAGGUUUUGGAAAGUAGAUAAAUAAUAAAAAUAGAAUAGGCAAAAAGAGUAGAAUAGCAAUAGACAAUAAAAGAAUAAGUUGAAGUAAAGAAAGAAGAAGUAGCAGGAUAAUAAAUUUAGUAGGAAUAAUAAUAAGAAAUGAAACAAGAGAUGAAAGGGAAAUUGAGACAAGAAUAUUUAAUAAUGAUUGCAAUAUUUGGUGUACUGAUAGCAAUAUAUUUGAAGACAUUAUUUUGA